UGUGAUUCAUAAAAUUAGGCAUUUUCAGCACCUUCUCCUGUUCCUCUGUUUCUGUUGUGUGAAGGAAGACUCUACAAUGCUCUCUCGUUUUAUCUCCAAAUCCUUACAUCUCCGACUGUUCACCCUACUUUCCCCCGAAACCCAUGUCUUAAACCCUAAAUCCUCAUUUCCACAUUUCUUACUUAACAACUCAUGUUUCUUCUCCACAGGUAACAACAAUGGCAAAGAUUCGGACUAUGAGCGAAUAGAUAACCAAGUUCUUCAUGAUGGGUCUUGGGCAAAAGAACAAGGUUAUAAACCUUGGAGUUUUGAUGUGGAGGGGAAAGAAGAACGACUGUUUGAUGUUGGAGAAGAGGUUAAUGUAGGAACUGAAAUGAAGGGUUUUCAAGUUGAGGAAAAGUUUCUUCAAUCGGAAGAGAAAGCUCUUAAAGGUUCUUGUACGGAUGAAUUCACAAUCAAAAAGAGUACAAAGCCCUCAGUAAGUGUGUAUUCAGAAGAAGUUUUGGAAAUAGUUGAGAUCAUCAGGGGUGGUGGGCAGAAUUUGAGGCAACAGUUAAUUUUGGUGGCUUCAAAACUAUCGUUCAAGUGUGUCGUAGAGAUAUUUGACCUUUUGAAUGAACAAAGAAUAUCUGGAUUGAAGUUCUUUAAUUGGCUUCGGGACUCACAUCCUGAAUUUCACCGCAGUGCUUAUGUCAAUAGUCUGAUUAUUUGUAAUUGUGGAUGGUUAGAUGACUACAAAACAAUGUUCUCUUUGUUGGAGGAGUUUAAGACUGAACAAACUUGUUUGACUGACAAGGCUUUUGGGUUCUUAACUGUAUUUGGAUCUUGUAAGGAUUCAUUGAUGAAUUCGACAAAGAAAGUGGUUGAUAUGCUAAAUGAGGUUGGAGGAUCCUGCUGUGGUUCUGGUGUUUACGGAUUAAUUGAGAUGUUUUGUAGUUUGGACUUGUUCGAAAUGGCAACAUUUGUAAUAGAGAUCACUGAAAGAACAGCUUCUCGCUACAAUAUUUUGAUCCGUAAAAGGUGUCGGGCAGGCCAAAUUGAAAAAGCACGAGCAAUUAUCGAAGAGAUGUCUGAAUUUGGUUGUUCUCCUAAUACCAAGUCAUAUAACUACCUGCUUGGCUCAUUGUGUAAGAAUGAUAAGCUGGAAGAUGUGCGUAUUGUGCUCGAAGAAAUGAGAAAUAAGGGUCUCAAUCCAGAUGCGAUUACUUUUGAAACUUUAGUAUAUCAUUUAUCUAGUCGUGGUCAGGUUGAGUUUGCCUCUGAAUUUAUGAAUUUGAUGGUAAAUGUGAAUGUGAAACCACGUUCUACUACUCAUGCUGCAUUUCUUAAAGUUUUACUUGAAGCAGGAGAGCGUGAGAAAGCAUAUAAGUAUGUGAUUGACAUGAGUGCCAAGUAUAACCACAGUGUAAAUACACUAUACAGCUUGCUUGUGGGGCUUAAUCAGAAGAAAGGAGACAUUAUGGCUGCUCAAAACAUUCUCAAUGAAAUGAUUGACAAGGGUCUAAAGCCAGACUUUGGAAUUUUCAUCAAAUUUGUAAAGCAGCUUGGGAAGACUAGAAGGAAAAGUUUAGCUCGAGAUCUUAAGAUGAAAUACUCGGUUUUCUAUUGUAGUACAAAAGCUAACAAUUCUUUAUCCAAUUCGUUUGUCCCAUGACAAGGUUGAAUGCAUCUCUCUAGCUGGUUUGUCUACGGAAUAAAGAUUAGGAGUGUGCAUUAUUUGAUUUUAACCGAAAAGGUGACCGAAAAAUAUUUUAGUUUUUGUCUUCACGGUGUCAACUCCAGCCUCCGUUGCCUCUGGACAUUGUCUCGCCUCUCCUCAGCCUCUACCAAUAUCACCUAUGUUACAUCUCCCAAGUGUAGCCCAAUUGGUUUGGCCACCUGAAUUGCCACCCUGCAUUCUUUCCUUUUGGAUUCUGGUUCUUCUCAAUGAUUACAAGCAAAUCUGUGGUUGCUGGGAGGCCAGGAAGCAAUGGUUAAUUGAAAAAAUAGAGGUUGCACCUCCUUGGAAAGUGGAGUUCAUCUUGAAGAUUAUGUUCGGCUCCCUGUGGAUCACACUAUUAUUUACUUCUGGAAAGCAAAGGUUUUGCUAGAGUCCUGCUUCUGGUCUGUACACUAUAAUGGCUGUGACGUUUGUGAAUAUGUGACAAGAUCCUUCGAAGCUUCAUGAUAAGAAAAUCCACUAACUAUACAAUUACAAAUUGAAGAGAGAAGUUGUAACGAAAUUUAACAGCUCUUUAUAGCAGAAGUGUGACGUAUUAACUCUAUCCUUUCGGCAGAGGAAGUACCAUAUUAAGGUCGCCUACCGGGAGGUGAAGUCAUCAAUGUCUCUGGGAGGGGUUCAGUGUGUCACAAUUCUGCUAACCCUAAGGGUGUGUUUAUACUAUUGAUACACAGGAAUACAAGGAGAAAGAAAGCCUCAGAAUGUUCUACUCAAAGCCUACCUUUGCACUUUGUUUAUGAUCUUUGGAUUGAAUGGAGCGCUAGGCUCUAUCAGAAAAGAGCCAACAGAAGGGGGAGAACUUGCUGCAUGAGCUUAAAACUACUCUAUGUAUUAGAGUCUGACAAAAUGUCUUGCGAGUAUGUUGCCAUUUUUAAUUAGCUCAAUACUCCAUCUGUAUCAAUUUGCUUGUCUUA